AUGCAAUUACCGAACCUCCAACAGAUCCCAGUUUCUGCUGGACUUGAUGUUAUAUUCGACGCAUACCAGGCGGAUGGUUGUGUGGUCAUCAAAGGAUUUCUCAGCCACACCGAGGUCGAAAAGAUUAAUCGUGAAGUCCAACCCGCGUUAGAUGGCUUACAACUUGGAAAGCCUGGCUGCGCAUUGGAGGAUUUCCUGGGGCGCCACACCAAGCGCCUUCCGGUCACCCCACAUAGCCAGACAUUCCGUGAUGGGCCUCUGGAGAACGAUUUGGUCCACGGAUUGAGUGAAAGGGUCUUCGUCAAAGAACCCGGGGACGGAUACCACAUAAACUGCGCCCAGAUUAUUGACCUCAGUCCUGGAAGUAAGGCGCAGCCUCUCCAUCGGGACCAGGACCUAUGGCCAUUUUGGAAAUACGUUCCACCGUCCGGCCCAGAGGCAUGUAUCAACUUUCUCUGUGCCCUGACUCCUUUCACCGAGGUCAAUGGCGCCACCCGGGUGGCCCCGAGAACUCACCUGGACCCUUACCAGGGGGCUAUCAGUACUACAGAGACCGUUCCGGUGGAAAUGAACCCUGGGGAUGCCCUCUUCUUUUCUGGAAAGCUUGUCCAUGGCGGAGGGGAGAAUAUGACAGAUGGCCUCCGUCGUGGCCUCGCUAUGCACAUCGCACGCAGCGGACUUCUGACCGAAGAAGCCCACGCAUUGACGAUUCCUCGUGCGAUUGCCGAAACGAUGUCAUAUAGGGCUCAAGCAAUGUUUGGCUUCCGCAGCACCUGGCCUAUUGACCAUGGUCCAGUGUCUACCUUCUGGGCAAACAAUUUCGAGGAGAUUGGAGAGCAUCUGGGCUUGAAAAAGAAGCAGCCAAUUGUCGCUUGA